AUGGCAGGUGUUCCUUGCCCUCCUACUACCAAUAGAGCCUUUGGAUCUGCCCCAAAUGGUACUAUGCUGGUCCCCGAGCUCUGUGCAAAUGGUUCUCAAGUCGCCUGCCCCAAGCCAGCUCUUGAGAUAUGCGAAGGUUGUCUCCUUGUAAAGUACUGCAGCAAAGAGUGCCAGAAGAAUGACUGGGCUAUGCAUAAGAGAGAUUGUCGCAAGGCGUGUAUUAUCGCAGAGAAAGACUGCCCUUAUUUUGAGUCCCCUGACUAUGGAAAGAAGCCUGUUCUUGUCUCGGUUUUUAGAGAGAACGCGCGUGGCCAGAUCUACGAAGAUAAGCCUACUGAGGCGGAGAUUGCUGAGUAUGGCACGGUCAAGGGACAGGAGAUCUUGAAGCUUGUACCAGAUGGAUUGGAGAACACGAAGCACUUGUGGGGCAAGACGCCAGCUUUUGAUAUCUUGAAGCUCUCUACCAAUGAGGGCGUGGAUUAUGACCAGGACUUGAAGCUCUAUUUCGGAGGAGCGGAUGAUCUUCGACAUCUCAUGGCGACCAUACUCUCCGUCUCCGAGACCUACAAAGGCCAACUUUCAGUUAUCGUCAACGAGUUGGAUGUCGACCUCCAAAUAAGAAAUUUGAUAAUCAUCCUGUUGGCAACUUUGGUUCCAGACGGCAAGGCGACCGAAUUGAUUACCCACUUGUGGUACUCUGCGUCGAUUCCUUCAGAGAUGUAUUGCCUGGUCACCGAAUAUGUCUUGCCACGAGUAAAAAUGGUUUGGGAGGAAUGUAAGAAAGCCGCACGGGAGAGAAAGGAGGCAAGAAGCCAAGCCAAGGAGGAAAACAAAACCGAAAAGAAGCCAGCAGAAAGCUCCAUCCGUCGGAUGGUAGUAGAAUCCGGAACUACCAGGUUGGCAAUCGGCCUUGAGCCUCAACAUUGGCUGCAACUGUACAUCAUGCUGGACCGUAACAAUUUCCAAAGCAUCCAGCUCGCAAGACAAAAGCGCCAAAAUAUCAUAUUCUCGAUCAACCCAAAUCAUAAAAAGAAGCGAUUCGAAUUCUUUGCUGCACUCCCACCAUGGCAGAGAGUAACCGAGGAAAGAUACCGUCAAACUGGCGUUCUGCUGCCAUACGGCGCAUCAGCUGGUCAUUUUGACUUACCAAACCCGACCUUUUACCAUAGAUCCAAAGGCUUUCUACUGGACCACCUUGCAUCACCUCUUGAUAACCAGGAUUUGCCAAGACUCCAUCAGACCUGUCAUCGCUUAGGGAUUCCACCCAAUGAUCUCCAUGGAGCCUUGUUCUUCGAAUCCAAAGCUCUUGUUAAGUCCUUCUGCUCUCAUCUGAAGAAGAUCAACUCAAACUUAGUCUUCUCAAGCGAGCCUGGAAGCGUAUUUUCGGCCAGAUUCAAAGCGUUGUACGCUAGUCCUAAGGGACAAUUUGAUAGGAUAUUUUUGUCUGACCUGGUUGGCGAUUUCAAUCACUUGCUGUCCAGCGCUUUGACUGCCCUCGGUCCUCUUCUCAAGACUCCAGACGAGAACCCGCAUGCCGUCCUCGCUGCCCUCCUCACCAAAGCUACCAACAAUGUAGUAGAUGAUUUUCCGGGCAAGCGAUACCGUGACACCCUCCCUAAAUUAAUGCCAUACAAAUGGUAUCGCUACUCCGGAUUAGCCAACGUCACUGCCUUGAAGAAUAAAAUGAGCUUUGCUGAGUGGAGACAGGACCUUCUGGACCACAUGGAGAUCCAGGAGGAGAUGUAUUGGGAUAUGUACGUCCACGCGUACGGCCUGGAGGCAGCGGCCGCCCGCGCUGGGCUGGUCAUGAGGGAGGAGGACGAGAUGAAGAUUGCACCGGCUUGGCCCUUUCGUUUGACCUUGGCUGGGUUAUCAUUUCAGAUGGAGCUGCAGUUGCUGCAGCGAUUCACUUCUUCGAUGAAGGGUAGCGAGCGUUUUGUCGAGUUUAGACGCAACUAG